CUGCGCUCCUUAUAGCGGCCUGGGGCAGGCCCGGGCCGGCUGCGAGCCACGGACGGACAGACGGACGGACAGACAGACUGACUGACACAGACAGACACACACCGGCAGCAUGGCCAUCCCCUGCGUGGAGCUCAGCAACAAGAUGAAGAUCCCCGCUCUGGGGCUGGGCACCUGGCAGGCUCCCCCGGGAAAGGUGGAAGAGGUGGUGAAGUAUGCUAUCGAUGCCGGCUACCGCCACUUCGACUGUGCCUAUUUCUACCAGAAUGAGAAUGAGAUAGGGAACGCGGUCCAGCAGAAGAUCAAGGAGGGAGUUGUGAAACGGGAAGACCUCUUCAUUGUCACUAAGCUGUGGAACACGUUCCAUGAGAAGUCCAUGGUCAAGGUGGGAUUCAAGAAGAGCCUUGCUGCACUCCAACUGGACUACCUGGACCUCUACCUGAUGCACUUCCCAAUGGGAUUCAAGGCUGGUGAGGAGCUGCAUCCUCUGGAUGACAAGGGCCACAGUAUUCCCAGUGACACAGAUUUUUUGGACACAUGGGAGGCCAUGGAAGAGCUGGUGGAUGCUGGCCUGGUAAAAGCCAUUGGAGUCUCCAACUUCAACCAUGAGCAGAUUGAAAGAAUCUUGAACAAGCCAGGGCUGAAAUACAAGCCUGUAAUGAACCAGGUGGAAUGCCAUCCAUACCUGACCCAGGAGAAGUUGGUCAAGUUCUGUAAAUCCAAAGGGAUUGCUGUGACUGCAUACAGCCCCCUGGGCUCUCCUAACCGCCCAUGGGCAAAGCCAGGGGAACCCACACUUAUGGACGAUCCCAAGAUUAAAGACAUUGCAGCUAGACAUCAGAAAACGCCUGCCCAGGUCCUGAUCCGUUUUCUGGUCCAAAGAGACAUCAUUGUGAUCCCCAAGUCUGACAAACCACACCGUGUUGAGGAAAACAUGAAGGUGUUUGACUUUGAACUGUCUAAAAAGGAGAUGGAUGUCAUCCUCAGCUUUAACAGGAACUGGAGGGCAGUUCCAGUGGUCCAAGCUAUCAACCACAAGGACUACCCAUUCAAAGCAGAGUAUUAAAGGCAGGUGGCCCCUGCAAGACUUCCAUUUCACUCCUUCCAGAUUAGAAGUACUCUCCAGCUGGAUCUUCAUUUCUUCUGUGCUUUGUAAUUGUUAUGAGCAAUUAUAUGAGCAAAAAUAAUUACUUUUUCCUCCUUUUUUAAGGAGGAAACCACUAACUGAUGUAAGAAUGCAACAAAAAGGGUGGGGUUUUCGUAAAGAUGCUUAGCAGAAAUCUGGUUUUGAUUAGUAGCAAAAAGACAAUGUCUUUUCAUUUCCUUUUUAUCUGGUUUUCCUUAAUUAGAGACAUGUGUAACAAAAAAUAGCGACUUAGAUGGAGUUUUUGUAAGUUACUUCCAGUGUGGCCAGUCACACUGGCUCAUGAGUCACUGUCAAAGAAUGCUCUAAUUACAAUGCUUUUUUGUAUAUUUGUGAUUUUUAUAGAGUCUAUUUCUAGUGCUUUAAAAAUUUUAUAUGAAUAAAGUUUAAUUAAGAACAAAA